CAUCGAUGCAACAUAAGAAUAUGUUGUGAAAGUUUGUAUUGCUAGGUUAUAAGGUGCAACAGUGUAAAGAGAUGUACCAUUUCGAAGGAGAAUUUAGACGGCGACCACAACAAUCACUGAGAGGUGCUUCUACCAAGGCAGAGAGAGAAACUAUAAUACAGCAUGCACAAGCUGAACGGCAGAAAAGACAGGAUCAACGGCAGAGAAUCUUCAGCGCAACCAUAAUUCAGGCCUUCAUCCGUGGAACGUUUGAUCGAAUAGCUAUCAAGAGAGAGCAGCGGCGGCUUUUCGAUGCUCAGCUUGGAAUCACGGGGAAGGCGGGCGUGGAUGCUGGCACCCUCAUCGUCCUGCUACGCCGGCUCCUCAUCUUCUACACGGAGGAUGCGGACACACAGAGACUGGUGUCCCUGUGUCAGUUGUUGUUGAAGAACAGAGCAAUGCUCUCUGGAGCUUUGGCUGCGGAACCACAGCAAGGCGUCCACUGGAUGAAACAACUUCUGCACAAAUGUUGCUGUAACAUCCUUCACGUUCUCCACUCUUCGCAACCCAUCGCCGUUCAGUUGCGAAUGCUAGAGAUAUAUACCAGCGAGCAGGGAUAUGUGGCGCCAUCUAUAUCGUCGGGCACCGGGGUUGCCGAGCAUCCCGCGAUGCUGUGCUUCCUCGAAAGGGUUCUCCAGUAUCUUGUGGACAAAAAUUUCUUUGGAUGUGUACUGAGGGACGGUCCCGGGGACCUGAAACAACCCGCCAUCGUCAUCGCCGCAUGCCUCGAUGCGAUCAACGACGCUCGCCACGUGGGGGCGCUACUCGACAUGGUGGACCGUCACCCGGACGCGUCUCCGCUCGCCGCGCUCUGCCAGAUCUGCCACAACGUGAUGGGUGGCGCGCGCAUGCAGGCCGUACACAGACACAGGUUGCUGUCUACGCUAGCGUUCCAGCCUACCUUCCUCCGACAGCUGUGGCUUAGCGUGAAAAACAUGGCGACGCCCACGAUCACAGGGUCUAGCGUGCGUCUGCUGCAGCUGCUGUCGCGAGGACUCCGCCCCGAACCGCACGACGCUCAGCGCAUCGUCCCCCAGGUGGCGCUGUUCUGCGCGCUGUACGGAAUCUCGCUGCUCACGUUACACGACGAUGAGUUCUACCAGGACACAGAUGGCGCUGAGCGUUCCCCGUCGAUGGCGUUCUCGCUGCACGAGCUCGUCUCGCUCACGCAGACGCUACGUGACGUCGCGCUGGGGUUGCUGGAGCUCACGCACCCGCAGACCGUCCACCAGAACUACCUACGCGCGCUGACCAGUGUCAGCAAGCAGCAGCAGGCAGGGGGCGCCACCACCGUGCACAGCCUUCACCGCUGGUCAGACCUGUUUCAGAUGGUGUCGUUGUUGGUGCGGCAGCUCUAUGCACGCGACACGCGUCGCCCGUUCUGUCCGCCCGGUCACUGGAUCGCGCAGAGUCUGCUGCUGCAGGCAGAUCGCCCACGACAGCUGUUCCAGCACUACCACGCCGGCACCACGCUCACCUCCCCCGGGCAGCAGCCGCCGUCGAUCACGCCCGCGGAGGCGGCGGAUUUACCGGCGUUGUCAGUUACGGAGGCGCGGAAUCUAGCCGUGCUCACCGAGCUUCCCUUCAUCGUGCCGUUCGAACACAGAGUCAAGAUAUUUCAGCAGCUGAUAACCUCUGACAAGGAGGACAACCACCGCGAUCGCGACAGCUUUGCGAUCGGACCUUCGAUCAACACUCUAGUCCGCCGAGGAUACCUGUACGAAGACGCAUUCGAUAAACUGUCGCCGGAGAAUGGUAGGACAUCUCAUCAGGCUCCCGUAUGACCACCCAAUAUUAAAUACAAAUAUAUAGUGCAGCUCGUUAACUUCGCCGGGCUGGACGAGGCCGGCAUCGACGGUGGUGGCAUCUUCAGGGAGUUUCUGUCGGAGCUGCUGAAGACUUGCUUCGAUCCGAAUCGCGGGUUCUUCCGCACGACGCACGACCGGCAGCUCUACCCGAACCCGCAGGCUCCUGUGCUGUUUGACAACUUCAAGCGUCACUACUACUUCAUCGGUCGCAUGCUGGGCAAGGCUCUGUAUGAGAACAUGCUGGUGGAGAUCCCGUUUGUCAUGGUUGUCAUGGUUACAGGCUCUGCUCUGUAUGAGAACAUGCUGGUGGAGAUCAUGGUUGUCAUGGUUACAGGCUCUAUCAAGCAGCACUGUCACUGCUUCAAGCAGGGCGUGGCAGACGUGAUAGACCUUGCCUGGCUGCAGAUGUUUGACUAUGGUGAGCUACAGGUGCUCAUAUCAGGCGCUCAUGUACCCAUCGAUGUCGCGGACAUGCGCCGUCACACAAUCAAGCAGCACUGUCACUGCUUCAAGCAGGGCGUGGCAGACGUGAUAGACCUUGCCUGGCUGCAGAUGUUGACUAUGGUGAGCUACAGGUGCUCAUAUCAGGCGCUCACGUACCCAUCGAUGUCGCAGACAUGCGCCGACACACACUAUACACAGGAGCUGUUCCCACCGGUCAGCAUCGGUAACGCAGGCACGGACACCUAUAUCACACCUCUCACACACUAA